CCGAAGGAACCCGGGGAAGCGCCGGGGAGCCCGGUCCGGGCGCACGGGCUGCACCGUCUGCCGGCCCGAUGCCCCCGCGCCCGUUCCUCCCCGCCGGAGCCGGGUGAAGCGGUGGCUUUGCCGGCACGGAAGCAACAAAGGCAUGGUCAGGAUUUCGGUCUCAGCAGAUCUGUGUUUGUGAAGUGUCGGCUAUGCAGGGGCUCUGACUCUGCUGGAGUUGCUGAACGACAAGAACACUGCGAAUCCGAACACUCGGUGAGCUCGGCAGGUGUGAAGAAGCCUCAGCAAUGGCCAGGCUCUGUGGCCGCCUGCAUAUCAUGAAGCUCGCUGCUUGACAACAGAAAUAAAGCACUUGUCAGGCAGAAGCAAUGCGUCAGUGCAAAAUGGAAUUCGCAAGACUAAAGUUUACACGAGGCAACAACAAAAUCUACUGUGCCAUUCUGUUAGGCAACAAAGCUGAGAGUCUGGAAGCAAUCUCUUCCUGAGAGCUGCAAGGGAGAGAGUGGGCUCGAGCUUCACUGAUGAAUUAAUGCAGGAGAAAUAAGGAAUCAAGACUGUGCCACAUGGCCUGGAGAGGACUAAGCUGAAGAUGUGUUGCCUGGUUGGCCAGACCACGUCAGGGGAAGCUGCUCCUGCCGAAAAGUCAAAGACCCCAAUUACCUGGUGUGCUGUGCCUUCAGCAUCAUUGACAUUGGCAGGAUGUUGGAGUUCUUUUGACUGUGCCAGUGACUAAACAAGGGCCUCAUCUGUUUACUCCUGCUCAAACAGGAGCCCAACUUCUCAGCACAGUUACAGCAGCAGUACAAAUAAGGGGAAACAUCUUGUUAGCAUCUGUCAGGAUGGCUGCCAUUGUGCCUCAAGAAAACGCUGAUCCUGGCAGAGUGUGGGCCCUGUGCACAGAAGGCUCCCAGAAAUAAGUGCCGCCUUUAAAAGGUCAAAACUGGUUUGUGCUGUUGAAGAGGCUCUGGGCGCUGCACUGUCAGGACGGUGCUUAUGUAGAGCUCUGCCAUCUGGAUCAUCUUCCACACAACUCUAGAUCACAUUGAGGUCAUCUUGUGGAAUCUUCUGAAAAAACAAGAGUAAUAGGAAGAAAAUGUUUAAUAAAAGUAUCUUCACUACACAGUCAGACUGAAACAGGAAAAGUUCAUUGGAGCCAUGUGGUUAUGAUAUUAUUGAGAUUCCAUAAUGCCUCCUGCCGUGACAGACAGCCUUGACAUCUGGGCAGUGGAUUCACAGAUUGGUGCUGAUGGCUCAGUAUCUGUGGACUUCCUGUUGCCCACUGGAAUCUACAUCAACCUGGAUGUCCCUCGAGAUGCCACCAUAUCUCAGAUUAAACAGCUGUUAUGGAAGCAGGCACAUUCCUAUCCACUCUUUCAUCUCCUUAUGGAGAUUGACUCUUACAUGUUCUCAUGUGUGAAUCAGACUGCCGUACAUGAAGAAUUAGAGGAUGAAACACGGAGGCUUUGUGAUGUUAGACCCUUUCUCCCUGUCCUUAAACUAGUGACAAGGAACUGUGAUCCAGGAGAAAAGUUGGAUUCCAAAAUAGGUGUCCUUAUAGGCAAAGGUCUCCAUGAGUUCGAUGCCUUACAAGAUCCUGAAGUGAACGACUUCCGAGCUAAAAUGCGGAGAAUCAGUGAGGAAAAGAUUCAGUCACUUGUGGGUCUCUCCUGGAUGGACUGGUUGAAGCACACUUACCCACCAGAACAAGAGCCUGUAAUCCCAGAGAGCUUCCAAGAUAAACUCUAUAGUGGAAACCUUGUAGUGGCUGUUCAUUUUGAUAACUGUCAGGAUGUAUUUAGUUUUCAGGUGUCUCCUAACAUGAAUCCCAUCAAGCUGAAUGAGCUGGCAAUCCGAAAACGUUUGACUAUCCAUGGAAAAGAAGAUGAGGAAGUUGAUCCUGCUGACUAUGUGCUGCAAGUUAGUGGAAGGCUAGAAUAUGUCUUUGGUGAUCACCCAUUAAUUCAGUUCCAGUAUAUCCGCAACUGCGUGAUGAACAGGACUCUUCCCCAGCUGACCCUGGUGGAGUGUUGCACCAUAAAGAAGAUGUGUGAGCAGGAGAUGAUUGCCAUAGAAGCUGCCAUAAACCGAAAAUCCUCCAACCUUCCUCUUCCUCUGCCACCAAAAAAAACAAGAGCAACAACUAGUGUGUGGGAUAUUUCCAACCCUUUCAAGAUUAUUCUAUUAAAGGGUAAUAAACUAAACACAGAAGAAAAUGCCAAAGUUCAUGUUAGGGCUGGUCUUUUCCAUGGUACAGAGCUCCUUUGUAAAACAACUGUAAGCACAGAAAUAUCUGGGAGAAGUGACCACGUUUGGAAUGAAGUGCUGGAGUUUGAAAUCAAUGUCUGUGAUCUGCCAAGGAUGGCAAGGCUCUGCUUUGCUGUUUAUGCUGUCAUGGAUAAGAUGAAAACUAAGAAGUCCACCAAGGCAAUGAAUCCUUCCAAAUACCAAACCAUUAGGAAAGCAGGAAAAGUGCAUUAUCCUGUAGCCUGGGUAAAUACCAUGGUGUUUGAUUAUAAAGGACACUUGAAGAACGGAGAACUGGUACUGCACAGCUGGUCAUCAUUUCCUGAUGAACUUGAAGAAAUGUUGAAUCCCAUGGGAACAGUCCAGACUAACCCUUACACUGAAAAUGCAACAGCUUUGCACAUUAGAUUUCAGGAAUAUUCAAAACAGCCUAUUAAUUACCCUCCCUUUGAUAAGAUACUUGAAAAGGCAGCUGAGAUUGCAAGAAACAGUGACAAUGCUGCAAUGGCGGGUCGAGGUGGUAAGAAGUUUUAUGUUGUGCUAAAAGAUAUAAUGGAAAGAGAUCCUUUAUCCCAGCUUUGUGAAAAUGAAAUGGAUCUCAUUUGGACUUUGCGCUAUGACUGUCGAGAAAAUUUCCCACAAUCAUUGCCAAAACUGCUGCUCUCUUUAAAGUGGAACAAACUUGAAGACGUUGCUCAGCUUCAGGCUCUCCUGCAGAUCUGGCCCAAGCUGCUGCCCAGAGAGGCUUUGGAGCUGCUGGAUUUCAAUUACCCUGACCAGUAUGUCAGAGAAUAUGCAGUGGGUUGUUUGAGACAGAUGAGUGAUGAAGAGCUCUCUCAGUAUCUUCUCCAGCUUGUGCAAGUCCUGAAGUAUGAGCCUUUUCUGGAUUGUGCACUUUCCAGAUUUCUUCUGGAAAGAGCACUUGGCAAUAGGAGAAUAGGACAGAUGUUGUUCUGGCACCUGAGGUCAGAGGUUCACAUCCCCGCCGUGUCCGUGCAGUUCGGUUUGAUAUUGGAAGCUUAUUGCAGGGGAAGUGUGGCUCAUAUGAAGGUGCUGGCUAAACAGGUGGAAGCCCUCAAUAAAAUGAAGACUUUAAAUAGUCUAAUUAAGCUGAAUGCCAUGAAGCAAAGCAAAGCAAAAGGAAAAGAUGCAAUGCAUACGUGUUUGAAACAAAAUGCUUACAGAGAAGCCCUUUCUGACCUCCAGUCUCCUCUGAAUCCUUCUGUUAUACUUUCAGAACUGCAUGUUGAGAAGUGUAGAUAUAUGGAUUCUAAAAUGAAGCCUCUCUGGAUAGUGUACAACAACAAGAUGUUUGGAGGAGAUCUCGUAGGGAUCAUUUUUAAAAAUGGUGAUGAUCUCCGACAGGACAUGUUGACACUCCAGAUUCUGCGCUUGAUGGACGUUCUUUGGAAAGAGGCUGGCCUGGAUCUCCGGAUAUUGCCAUAUGGCUGUUUAGCAACUGGAGAUCACUCUGGCCUUAUAGAGGCUGUUUCUAGUUCAGAAACCAUUGCUGACAUUCAGUUAAACAGCAGCAAUGUUGCUGCAGCUGCUGCCUUCAACAAGGACGCGCUCUUGAACUGGCUGAAGGAAUACAAUUUAGGAGAGGACUUGGAUCGAGCCAUUGAAGAAUUUACUCUGUCUUGUGCUGGCUACUGUGUAGCUACGUAUGUACUGGGAAUUGGUGACAGACACAGUGACAACAUCAUGGUCAGGAAAAAUGGGCAGCUCUUUCACAUAGAUUUUGGUCAUAUUCUUGGAAACUUUAAGUCCAAGUUUGGAAUUAAAAGGGAACGGGUACCUUUCAUACUCACCUAUGAUUUCAUUCAUGUUAUUCAACAAGGAAAAACAGGGAACACUGAAAAAUUUGGCCGGUUCCGGCAGUAUUGUGAGGAAGCCUACCUGAUCCUGCGCAAGCACGGGAACCUAUUUAUUACCCUCUUUGCACUGAUGCUGACUGCAGGGCUGCCAGAGCUAACCUCUGUCAAGGACAUCCAGUAUCUCAAGGACUCCCUUGCCUUAGGGAAGAGUGAGGAAGAAGCACUAAAACAGUUUAAGCAAAAGUUUGAUGAAGCUCUGCGGGAAAGUUGGACUACUAAAGUGAACUGGAUGGCUCACACUGUUAGAAAAGAUUACAGGUCCUAGAAGAUUGUGGCAUUUGCACUAAGCUGAAGGUUACCUUGAUAAGUGUUUGUGAAGGGUUUCUGUCAUAUGGACCAACAAAACUUCAGGAAGCGUUGGGACAGCACUCUCAGGCACAUGGUGGUUCUCUUGGCCCCACACAGGGUCAGGAGAUGGACUCUGAUCCUGAUGGGUCCCUUCCAACUCAGCACAUUCUGUGAUUCUAUGAACUGAUUCAAAACAAGAAAGGAAACAACAAUGAAAACAAACGGACUGAAAUAAUUCCUGAGUCUUUUGCACUCUGCUUCUGAAUGCUUGAUUCCAAGACUGUCUCUACAAUUUGUGAACAUCCUGGAUAAUCAGUUCCUGCUGACUUUGCACGCUGAGAGCUACUAGGCAUUUUUAAAAAUUCUUUGGUACUUUAUGGAGGUGUAAAUAUUUGUUUUUAUACGUUAGGGUAAUGUGCUCUAACAUAUCCUCAGGAGGUUUGAAGACCUCUGACAGAAUUGUUCUUUGUUUAAAGUUAGGACUUGAAGAGUAAAUUUUUUUUUUAUAUCCUAAUCUGGCUAAAAAUGAGCGCAUUGUGUAUAUUUUUCAUAUGACCUCCGCCCUACUGGCACAGAUGCAUUAAUUCUACUGUAAAUAGCAACCAUGGUAUCACUGUACUGCAGGGAGCUGCUUCAUGUCUCGUGCUGCUGCCGAAGGAAAGGGUGGGUGUUUGGAGGGUUGGGGAGACCUCUGAGAGUGAUGCAGCAUCCAGAUGUUCAGGGUUGCACCAUUUUGUUCCUCUGACUUAACACACAGAAGAAGCCCUUCAGAAUGAGGAAGGUUAGGCCAAUUCCAAACAUGCCUGAGAAUCCCUCGUUGGUUACAGUCUCCACUCCGCCUCUGGGGCUUUGCCUUCAGCUCCCAGAGAGGCACAAUUUGGUUUGGUUUCAGCAAGAAGCUCUUGCCAGCCUUACACUGAAAUUCAUAUCUCAGAUGAGUCCUUCCCUGAAAAAUGUACUGACUUAUGUAAGGGAUGUUUUUAUUAAAUAUACUACACAAAGUGAUUUUUAGAGCAUACAUACCAAAAACCCCAACUGUUUGGAGAAGCAGGUGUUGAUAGGAAAAGAUCAUUCCACAGAACACCAAUGCGAAGUCAUUGAUCUUCUCUCUGUAUUUAUUAAAAGCCUGCAGUAAUGUUGCUUUACCAAGAUAUAUAUGUUGAACAUGGUUGCUGAAGAAACUGGAUUUGUUUUAAUUUAUUUAGUGAGGUAUCAGGCUUUUAGGUGCUUAAAUGGAGAGCAAAUUUGUUACGUGCAAUAGGGAACUGCUGGUUAAAAGAUGUUAACGAACUGUUCCUGAACAUCAGCAAGAGAGGUUUUGACUACUGCUUGUUCUCCAAGGAACACUGGUAGCUCUUGAUUCUUGUGGACAUUUGAAAGAGAAUUAAACAUAUAUAUUUACUUUUUGACUAAACAGUUGUUCUGCAUAGAAAUGUUGGAUUAUGUAGGAAUUUAAUUAAAGUUGGUUUUACUUUGUUGA